AUGGCGGUUCCGGUUGUUGAUCUCCCGAACAACUCUGAUUCAUCAUCCGAUGAAGACUUCAGCGACUCCGAAGUAUCUUAUGACGAAUCCAUGGAAGACGAACCGUCGGAGUCGGAAAUCACCACUGCAAAAGAAACAGAGACGAAACGUAGCGAAGAGGAGGAGGAGGAGGAGGAGUUUUGGAUCCGUUAUCCUUAUUUGAAGAGUUUUCUGAGCACAAGCGUUGCUCAAGGUUUGAUUCCAGAGUACUAUGUUUAUGAGAGAGCCAAGCUUAUCGGAGAAGAGAAGGCCAAGGAGCUGAAUGAAAGAGGCGAGGCUUUGUUUCUCAAGGAACUUGAAGCGUGCAAGGACAAGUGUGAGCUCGUUGCGUCUGCCAUCCUCGCUAUGAAGUCCGUUAAAUGA